UCCCUCCGAGCACAAACACCCGGAACCCUAAACCUUCAAACCCCAGUAAUGGCUGACUCCCCUUCGUUCCGCCGCCACCCGCUCGCCGCCUCCGUCGACCUCGUCCGGUGGCUCCCCUCCUCCGCCGCCUCCCCCUCCGAGCGCCUCCUCGCCGCCGCCAUCUUCGACCCCUCCUCGGGCCCUGCCGCCUCCAGCAUUCACCUCCUCCCGCUCUCCGACCCCACCUCCCCGUACGCCUCCCUCCCGCUCCCGUCCCGCGCCACUGCGCUCCGCUGCUCCCCCGCCGCGCUCGCCGCCGCCACCUCGUCGGGCUCGCUCCACCUCCUCCCGCCCUCGCUGGACUCCGACGCGGCGGUGGCCGUCCCCGGCGGCGCCGGGUUCCACGUGGGCCCAGUCCGGGGCCUUGACUUCGGAGGCGAGGAGUGGGUCACGGCGGGGGAGGACGGGAGAGUGCAUGCUGUCGGUGGGGGAGGGGACGGGAGGUUGGUGGCGAGGAGAGUGUGGGACGGGAAGGGGAUGGUAGGGUACGAGGCCGCCAGGUGGGCGUCGCCGGCGGAGUUCGCCACGGGCGGCGCCGGGUGUGGCGUGCAGUGGUGGGAUCGGAGGAAGGGGGAUGCCGUGGUGGCGCAGUGCAAUGGCAUCUGGGGUCGUGGCAUCGUUACUGGCAUGGUGCAUUCCAUUGACAUUAAUCCAUCAAGAAAGCAUAUCUGUGUGGUGGGAGGCUCCUCUGGGACAAUAUUUGCCUGGGAUUUGCGGUGGCCACAGCAACCUAUACCACUCUCUGGCGUAGGCUUUAAUGGAACAACUGAGCCAGUGUGUGAGAGUGAGGUCUGGGAGGUUCUUUUUGACACCUACACCCAGUCUUCUGAUAUCAUCUCAUCUGCAUCCUCAAAAAUAUUGCCAGUGAUGAUGUGCUCAGAGGAUGGGAUCCUUGCAGUUGUCGAACAAGCAGAUGAGAGACCCCUUGAACUUCUUGCUGAAGCCUGUGCAAUCAACUCCUUUGACAUAGAUCCUCAGAACCCUUCUGAUGUGGUCUGCGCACUGGAAUGGGAAUCGAUUGGUGUCCUAACACGUGGUAGAGAUACAAUGGCAGAAGAAUAGAAUUUUCACCAUCCGAGGAUCUCAUAAAACUUCAUGUGAGGUGUUCGGCCCAUUGGUAGCUGGAACUACUAUGUCAGAAUAACAAUCUUCUGACUUCUGAGGACUCCCAUAUUCAUAGACCGUUCUGUUACUCUUUGGUCCUGGGCUACCACUGCAGGAAAAAGGCGUGCUUGGCCCCCCGAACUCUGCAUACUUGACCUGAUGUUGUGCCGUUGGAAGCUUUAGGAGCUUAUGUUGUCACCGAUGCCUGCAGAUUGUGAGGAUAUCUUUUGGUCUAGCUCCUAGCUGUGUAAUUCGACAAUGUGUGAUGCUUACCGUUACCAGUUUGAUAUAGGAUGGUAGCAACGCAAUUUGUGUGUUUGGGGUUGGUGAAUGUAAGUUGUAACUAUUAAAAAAAAGUUGUAACUAUUUCGUAUGGUUGGCAUUUGCACUAGCACUUGCUUGGCAUUUGCACUAGCACUUAUAUUUUAUUCAUCUGAGAUAUUUUUAAA